AGAGCAGCAUUCUCUAACUUCGACUGAAUGGACCUCAACAAUGCAGGAAUGUGUGUGUGUGUGUGUUUGGACAGAGGGAGGCAGGAUUUGGAGCCUCUCUUUGGUUACUAUGGUAACUGUGAUGAAAGCCCAGAGGGGGAGUUUGCCCUCUUUCUCUUUCAUUGUGUUUCAGUGUGUGUGUGUGUGUGUGUGUGUGUCUCAGUGUGUGUGAGCGUCGACCAGCUGAUAGAGAGAUUUCACUGAACAAGACGAGAGCGAAGGAAAGAAAGAGAAGAGAAAAGCAGCUGAAGACGAGGAGACGAGGAGAGAGCAUUGGGACGUUGAGGUUUAGACCCUCCCAUUGAUGACAUCACCAACAUUGGCCCUGCCCACACACCAACAGCUCCACCAUGGCUGACAAAGAGCUCUCUUCUUCUCAUCAGAAUGGCAGGAUUGCGGGAGUAGUUCCCAAAAGUUCUCCAACCCCUCACCAGAAUUGUGGUAUGGAUGCAGAACUGGGACGCCACAGUCCCAGGGACACCAGUCCUCUUCCGAAGGCGCACACUGCUCCCAGCAGCAGGACUUCAGUCUCCACCUCACCCCUCAGGACCCUUGGGGGUCUUGUGACUCCUGUUCUAGGGUCUGGUCCUGAAUGCAGCUCCAGCUCCACCAGACCCCAAAGUCAGAGCCUUGGUUCUGCCCUGAGCUCCAGCACCAGAACUAUUGCUAACAGGAGCAGGCGCAGGAGCAGCCAGCAGGAGGAGUCGGAGGCCUUGUUAGACCUGAUCCUGGAGUCACAGAGUCAGAGACUAGAUGACCAGAGAGCCAGCAUAAAUCUGCUUCCUGAUCCAGGAUCGGCUGCUCUGUGUGGGGCCUGCAGCCCCGACCAGCCCCACCUGCCCGUUUUGGACUUCUACUACAUGUUAAUACACUACCAGUCUGACAGGAUGGAGGACCAGAGGUGCCCCCUUCCUGAUCUGGAUGAUGUGAUUGGAUCCGUUCCUGAAGGUCAGGAGGAUUUCUUCAGCUUGAUCCAGAGAGUUCAAUCCAGGAGGAUGGAUGAGCAGAGGGCCUCACUGCUGAUGACACACAACAAGGAUGAUGAUGAUGACGCAGAUUCCAAUGGCUCUUACCCCCAUCGCCGCCAUCACUUCUGAAGAUCAGGGUCUGAGAGCACAGGGACAGGGUUUUACUCAGUCUGGAUCUUGUCAUCAGAAUAUUUCGAUGUUUUUGUGAAUCAGUACGGCCACAGGAUUCAGACCGGAACCAGGAUCCAGACUGUGUUGUUGUGGAUGACUCUUCUACUUGCUGAUUCCAAGCACAAACCUGAGUUCAAACAGGGUGAAGGUCUGAUCUGAGACCAGCCAACUGUGUUCUUACUGUGCAAUCGGUUUUGUCAGCCAUUGCUGGCCUAGAAUCUGGGUUUGACGCCAGGACUUAAAGGUCUUCUGUUAGGUCCACGUUUCUGUAAGCUGGACCAUGUCUUAAUGUGUGAGACGUGAACCACAUCCUGGCGCCAGUGACACAUCGUUAACUGAGAGUCGUGGUGGAAGGAACGCACCAACAAAAACAUGCAGAAGAAGAGUAGCUGUACACGUGAACCAUUGACUUGGCUCUUCUGUUAAUGUAACUGUAGAACUACUGAUGAUUAGAAGGUCACUCUCUCUGACCAACAUUAAACUGAGUAUGUCUGUCCUGCUGUCUCCACAAAACAAAGCAGAACCCAGAAUCAAGAUCUUACUGCAAGGGCAUAGGUUGGGUCUCAACAUUGGUAGGGACACAACAACUCCGCCCCCCCCACCCCCCACCCAAAACCAAGAGGACUGUCAACCAAAUGGUUUAUUAACAUAUAAUAUCUGAAUUUAAUUUAAAUCAAACUAACAGUAUCAGAUCAAAAACAAAACUAAAACUUUAAGAUAUUAUAAUGUGUUCCAUGUAUAAUAACUUACAAGUUAACAUCAGAAUACAUGGACUAUGGCUACGUCAAAUGUAAGUUAGUAAUUCAUUGUUAAACCAUAAUAGUCUGUUUGAUCUGAAGAUGAACCUUUUUCCAGUUGACAUUUUUCUGGUGCAGUGUGAUAUUCUCACAUGAUGUGAGCCUUCAGAUAGUGCUGCCCUUUCAGCCAAUCAAAUGCUAACAUGCCUAAAUCAGGCAUCUUGGAGAUGUAGCCUCUUGGAGGGCACAUCAAAAUGAUCUAAUAUGAUUUUACACCAAACAUAGUGUGAACAAGUUCACUCAAAUAUUUGUAGGGACAUUUCUGUCCUACCAAAAUAUUGGAAUGGACACGUCCCUACCAUCCAUAUGCAAACCUUAGGCCAUGCCUUACAGAGUCUUCCAGGUUCAGGUUCUGGUAUGUUCUGUUAGCUGCACAUUUCCACCACAUCGAUCACAUCAAAGCACACAUCUGUUCUGAUCUUCUUUAAAAACCGUUUACCAUCAGAUGACCCCUCAGGGUCUUGGACUUAUGUUGAGGAACUAUGAAUUCUGCAGCCCACACUCUCCUGGUGUUUGGACUUUAUAAUGAAGAGCAGACGAUCCAACAGAAACAGGACUAGUUAAGACCUGAACCCACUCUACCUUUACCUAUGUCCUGUAGUGAAUAUGGAGAUUUAAACUGUAACUUCAGUAGGAACUGUCACAUAUUUUAACAUGGUUCUGAUUUUAAAUAUUUAUCUAACAAACGCAUCAGUGUUUUUUUCUGUUCAGAGGAAGAAAUUAAGGAUGGAAGAAGCUGAGCUGAAGGUAAAAGGUCAGGUCUAGUUAAAAGAAGCUGGACAUUAUGAGUUAUCUGUAAGUUCAGCUAUUGCUACAUGGCAAAUGUUAGCAUUAACAGCUGUUCACUCACCAGUCUUGUCAAGAGCUUUAGCCAUUGUUGUGUUUACGAUACGAGAGGUUAUAAUAUGUCCUCUGGACAGUCACUCAGUAUCAGAGAGCUAUCUGGUUAGCAUGCUAACUUCAAUAGAAGAAGAGAAGUUAGCAUUGUAAGCACUGGCUGUUGGUCAGUAAAUGAAUGAAGUUUGAUGCUGAACUCACAUUGUUUCUCCUAGACUGGUAUGUAAACAGCUGCUAAUGCUAAUGUUAGCUAUGUAGCCUUAGCAAAACCUUACAAACAGGUCCUUUAAUGUCAGGUCCUGCUGUCUGUCCUCAUUGUCUCUGCUGGAGUUCAAAAGUGUUGAUGGUUUGAAACAGGAAGUACAAAUACAGGAUCAGAGUUUAAUGUGAAAAGAAGGAAGUUUAAAUAAACUGUAAGUGAUAAAACAG